AUGUUCACUCUCUCCCUCCUGAGCCGUGGAAAUGGACAAGUGGUCCAGAGCAAACAGAAGAGGUUGGAGGUCUACUUGGAACCAGAGGAUUAUUUGAACUGGACACCCCAAGACAAAGCCCUGAUUGUCAAGUCCCAGGAUGGGGCAAAAGUUACACGGGGAUCCCUUCCUAAAACUUACAGCACCAGAAAGGGGGUCUUAAUUCUUUAUUCAGAAGACUUUGCUGAGCCUUCAUGGAAACAAGAAAAAGGGAAAAAUGGGCCCCGUCCCAACUGUGGCCGAAAGAAGGAGUCAGGUUUUGUACUGCACACGCUCAAAGACCUGACAGCCGCCAUAUUGGCAUACGGGAGCGAAGGGAAGGAUCAGAAGGACCGGGGUUGGCAACCAUACUUACAUUUCCUAAGUAAGCCAAAUAGCCAGAAUGAACAACAUAUCCGUCCGGGCCAUUCAGCCAAGAGGUACCUCUUCAGCCUCUUUCAGAAUUGGACUUCGGGCACUUUGUACAAGCUCCCACGUUCAGGGUAUAUCAGGGACCCUAGGUUGUUCCAAGACAAUCAGCUUUACUUGCCAAAUCACAUCAGGAGUCAACAGGAUCUCUCAGCUGUACCAUCAAAAUACCAUCUCCUGCCUGUUUACCCGUCAGUCUCUACUUUCUGGACUCAGAAAGAACAACUGGCUGAUGAAGGUGAAAGUGACCUUGAUAAUGAGGAAUCUGGAGAUAGUGAUGUGGACAAGGAAGAUUCCAAAGCUGAGAAACAUUGGAAAGAGAAGGUUCCAUUCCCUCCCGUGAGACGGAAGCCUCCAGGGAAGGCCACUUGGCUGGAUGAGGGAACCUGUGCAGAGGACACGUGGAUGGAUGCUCACCAAGGAACACAAGCUUCUAAAAAGAGCCAGGGACACCGUGGAAAGUCCCACCCACCUUUGGGGAGUGACUCUGUGUUUACCUCCCUUGAAACUUCUCAGCUCCCACAUCAAAGAUCCCAUAGUACAUUCUAUGGAGGCCCCUUCCCGGACAGGAAGACAUACCCCAGUGGGAAUGUGAAGAUCUCCAAAAGCAGGCACCAAAUGUUUCCAGAACUUCCAGCUGAAAGAUGUACUCUACCACCUGUUCAAACCACCAUCAACCCAGAGCAAAAUGUGCCUAGAAAAGUAAAGAAAAAAAAGGUGCCAAAGGCUUUGAAAUUACCUGCUAUCACAGAAGAACAACCCAGAGCCCAGGAACCCUUGAGGACUCAGCUUAAUGACUAUGGCAUCCCAGAAGAGCUGCUCAUCCUUCCACUGGAGGUUCCUUCAUAUGCUGAACAACAGCCCAAAGAGAGGGGCCAACGAGGAGAAUUUUGUAAUACUGAAUGCAGACCCAAGGCUAAUGCAGAAGGGAAAUCUUUGCUAAGACUACCUCUGCAGCAUGCCUGCUACUCUCAGCCACCACUGACUGUACAUCUCCCCAGGGACUCGGAUAAUGAUUUUUCUCACCCACAUGGAAGUACUCAUGAAAUAAGAUAUUCAGAGACAAAGAGUAACAAAAUUCAGCAGAAAACACCCAGUGCCAGAAGUCCCAAAGACAGUAUAGAUGAUGGAACCAACCAGAGUGGCCUCCCAGAACAGCUCUUAGGGAGUUCUCAGGACCCAGCACUUGGAAACAUCUUGAUGGGGCCUGCUGGAGAUACUGUUUGCCAGCCUCUCUUGGGUUCUGUCCAAAGCAUGGACCUCCCUCUCCAGCUUGUUUUUGCAUCAGGUGAAGCAUAUCAACUUGUAGAUUCAAGUACCAAUCUUGGUGAAGUGUGCUCAAGUAAUAAGCAUGUCAGGAAAGGAAAUAUUCAUUCAGAAACUAGUCUUCAUGUGAAUACCUGUGAAACCUCAUCCUUGACCCCAGAGCCAGCAGAGAAGGGAGCCCCUCAGUCCUUAGAGGCAGCUGUGCUGAAGACAGGGGAGUCUCAAAGUUUUAUAAAUAAAGAGCUGGAAAAUGAAAAAGGACAGGAAUAUCAGAGAAAACAAUCAAGAACCAUCACAGAAAACCAUCAACGUGAUCUCGGAAAUGGAGGAAGUGAGCUGAAAGUUAGAUUACAGACUGAGGAGCCAUGUUCAGAUGCUGAUGUAUUUCCAGAACACCAGAGACCAGCACAAGGUGGAUGUGCUCCCUUGCCCCUGGAGCCACCGGCAGGGUCCCUUUCUGUCACGGAAACAAAGAAGUCCAAGCCUCAAGCUGAUGGAAGUUCAACAAAAGAGGUAAAGAAGCAGAGGAAUGGAAUCUCUGGAUCACUUGGCACUUCAGGGUUGGAACAAAACCUGACCCCUGGGGCAGAAACCAUCAAAGAAUUACCUCCAGGAAAUGUCCCAGUGGCACCAAAGAUGAUGGGAACUAAGAAGAAUCCUACUGAGAAGCAGCCUCUCUCAAGAAGUAGAAAAGGGAAAGACGCUUCCCCAAAGCUUGGCAAGCUGGCAACAGAAAGCAUCAGCCCUGAGAGACAGAUGCCUGAGAAAACCAAAAGGAGGAAAAGAAAUGAGGUAAACAAAUCUAAGGCUCUUCCUAAUGUUAGCAAAGGAGAGAAGCCCCAAAACAAAACAGAGAUCGUUGAAGGAAAGCCGAAGAAACAAAAAAUUGAAAAUAAGACAAUGUCAGUCUCCAAGAAAAAAAAACCAAGAGCCAAGAAGAAAGAUAUGGAGCAGAAGGAAAGGACUCUGGGGAUAGUGUUGGGGCUAAGUAACUCUUCAUCCACAGAGGACGAAUUUGAUGAAGAGUGCUCUCUCUCAAGCUACAACUCACAGGAAUUUAUACUUCCCUCAAAAUAUCAAACUCCUGAAAGUCAAGUUUCCAGAGAUGAAAGAUUAUAUCCUAUCCAGCCUAUAACUGUCAAAGAAACUUCAGUUUCUGAAAAGGACAAAAGUGCUGAUACUUCUGAGGCCCUCCCUGUCGACCAGCAGCAGGAGAAAGUGCCCAGGGAAAGGAUCCUCGGAAAGGGCAGAGAUGAGGCUCCAAGAGGUGGAAAGGAGGAGGAGGCAGAAGGAGGAGAGGAAAAGGCAACAGCAAGAAGAGCAGCAGAGGCUGGAGAAGAUACAGGAGGAGCUGGAUCGGGAGCAGCACAGGAGAGCUGAGGAGAAGCGCUUACAGAAACAGAGACUGGAAGAAGAGCGGCAACAGCAGGAGGAGGAGGAGAGGAGGAAGCUGCAGCAAGAGCAAGCGGCUCAGGCCCGAGCCAAGCAGCAGCAGGAGGAAUUCCGCAGGAAGAUGCAAGAGAUGCAGAGAAAGAAACAGGAGGAGGAAGCCAGAAGGGCAGAGGCAGAGAAGCAAAGGCAAAAGGAGCUGGAAAGGCAGCUUGA